AUGUGUAAAUUAGUUUUGAUAUUGCUAAUUCUGACAAUAAGACUGUCUUUGUCAUUUUCAAUGAAUGAUUCUAAUUGUGAAGGGAAAAAAGAUUCAUAUGAAUUAAAGUUAAAUAAAGAUGACUUGGAUGUGGUUAAAUUUGCCGAAGAUGGUUGGAACAAAUUAGUCGCUGAAGGAAGAACCAGAGGAGUCAACAGUAGAGGCAAUUUGUAUGUUAAUUGUGUGCGAGUUCAAGUUAUAGACACUGAAAGAAAAUAA